AUGGCAGAACUUCAAGUGUUUCCGAGUUUGGAUUCUACAACUGAUCAUCAACUUCAUCAUCAACAUUCUUUAUCAAUUCAAAGUUCAAUUUCGAUUACAGAUUCGAUUACUGAUCCAUUCCAUUCACCUCAAUUGAAUCCAAUACCAAAUCGAUUCAACUUUAGUACAUUCUCAAAAGAUCCUCAAAAACAACAACAACAACAACAACAGGAUACCAAUUUUGUAUUUCCAUCAGUUAAAGAAACCAAACUUGAAGAUUACCUUGAUCAUUCUAAUGAAGGAGAUGAAGAUGAAGAUGAUAUGAAUAGUGAUGAACUUAAUACGAUUGAAGAAGCCGUUAAGAUUACAUUAACCAAUCACACUUUAAACCAAAGUACUAGAUCUAAUCCAUCAGUAAGGUCUUAUAUACCAACUACUAAUCCAAUCAAUCCUACUCCGAUUCUCUCUCAAGACUCACAAUUCUCAACGAAAUCUAAACCACAAGACCGAUAUUUAAAUACACUCAAACCCAUCAAAAUACCACCACCACCAACUCAAAGUAAAUUACAAACAGGAAUAGAAGAUCUAAGUAUUAAAUUCAAAACAUAUAAACUCAAGAAUCCAAAACAAUCUGGUCCAAUCAAUAGAAUGAAUUCUGCAAGAAGAUCAAGAUCAAGAGAUUCAUUAGAAGUUCAUGAUGAGAAUUUAGAAUUAGAAUUAGAAAUAGAUGGAUUUGUUGAUGUACCACCUUCAUUUACUUUACCUAAAUUCACUACUCAAUAUCAGGAUGGAGGUAGUAAUCGAAAAUCUCGAAAACCAUCACUCAUCUUUCGUCGUCAGCUGAGUGGAGGUCCCAACAUUGAAGGAUCUCAAAAAUCAGAUCGAAAAAUAUCAUCAACAAGCUCCGAUCGAUCUCAUAACCAUCGUCGUCGUUCUUCCAGUAUGAAUGAUGGCAGUUUGACCACUACUGGUCUUGGAAUCGCUCUUACUACCAAUGAUUCAAAAUCAGAUCAAGUUUUAAAUUCUCCUGCUUUUAGUAAUACCAGAUUAACUAUCCGUCCAACCACUCGUCAUCAUUCACUUAAUCGUCGUAAUUCAGCUGCUCCACCUGAUCGACACGUUUCUAUGAUCACUUCAGACUUAGGCACCUCUUCAUUUGCAAGUGAUUCAGAAGCGGCGACUAGCCGACCAGGUACUGUGAUCUUUGAUGCUCUUUCAGAUUUACCUUUCUCUUCAUCAAACCCAACGGCAACCCAUCAAUCUAGAAAUCAAAUCAAAACUCGACCGCAGUUAAAUUCAACUUCAACUGUAUUAACAUCUCAAUCUAAUCCACGUCCAACACUGAAUUCCACUUCAACUCGAACCACUGAUUCAAAUGCUGACAUUUAUGCUUCAGCAGAUACCUCAUUUUCUCAUCUUCCUGAUUCCUUGCCGUCUCCACCUUUACCUCCUAUGCCUGAUUUUGUUAAGAAGGCUGAUCUUCAUGAGAUCAGUCAUCCUAGCCUUAGUAGUUCUAGUGUUAGGCCAAAGCUACGUCAGUCUACCUCACAAUUACGUCUACGAAAACUCAAAGCUCAAACCUCUCGUACCACCCUCGAUACGAUGUUCUCAAGCGUAAUCAGUCCGACAGGAGGUGUACCUACUGCCGAAAGUUGCGCUUCCGAAGGUGGUUCUACAUCUCAACCUCACAAUUCUGAACUUCGUACACUUGCUAGUCUUUAUAUGGUUUGUGGAUUACCAAAAGAUCCACAAUGUUGGACUUUAGCUCAACCGGAUCAUUUACCUGCUCAUCUUGAUAGUGCUGUCCCCAGAUUUUGGCGUCCAGAAGUUUUAGGUACUACUCUUUCAGGUCAAGAUGCGGAUUUGUUAUCGAGUGAAUUAGAUAAACGUAAAACCCCUCGUGCAUCUUCUCGAACUGGAAAUGGAAACAAUCCUCAGGAUAGUGUAGCUCAGAGUAGUAGUAAAGAACAACGUAGACCUUCAGCUUCGAUUCCCAAACUUUCAACACAGAAUCAACUCGGUAAAGAAGAAUUAGCAAGAGUUCAAGCUAAGGCGAUGAAAUUAGCAUUUGCAAGAGAAGUGGAAGUGAUUGCAUCUACCAUUCAACCUGCAUCUACUACUCAUUGUUUUAGUUUUACUAUUCCGGUUCAAAAUGAAACUAUUACAGAUGCUACUGGGGCUAUUGGACAACAAUGGGAUCUCGGUUUAGCUGCUGCUAAUCUAUCAGAUCAUCAUCAAUUAAAUUCGAGUAAUCGACCUAAAACGUAUUAUGGUGCAUGUUUACAAGUCUGGAGUCAUGCUGAUCGAUCCAGAUCUGAAGCGAUCAGAAGAGCAGUAGAAGAAGGAUCUAAAGCGAAAUCAGCAGCGAUUGCACGAGCAGUCAAAGCAGCAGCAGCCGGUAAACGAUUUGGAGCCAGAUUACAGAGAGCUACCAAUAGUGCGAUGGGAGUCUUACCUACACCAGAUGGAUUAGCCGGUAAAAAUUGGUCAGUAUAUAAUUCAGGCGGCGAAACCGAUACAGAUACCGAAGGAUUCGUAUCGGAAUCAGAAUGGGAUGGACCCGCAAGUAUGUUACCGAUAGCGAGUUUACCAGGUGGUACACCUUUUUGGUUACCUUAUUGUUUGAUCUUGAUUUCGAAAAUGCCAAUUUAUGAUUUAAUGUCGGAUCAUUUAAGGAUCUCUUGGGCUAGAUAUCAUCAAGCUAUUGGUAAACAUUCACAACAAAUUCCUUGUCCUAAACCUGGUGAAACUGUUAAAAUGCCAGUUGGAGGUGCUCAAAGUGCUUCUUCUUCUACUUAUUUUGUUGCGAAGAUUCCAGGUAAAACGGAUUUUUCUAAUGGAGGAUUAGAAGAUGUAGAUUUUACAAUGUGGCCUGUUUUUAAAUCUUUAAGUCUUUCGAAUUUAGUAUCAAUUUAUGAGCUCGCUCUCUCACCUAUGGGUAGAGUCGUGUUCUUUUCUCGAUAUCCAGCGAUGCUCAAUAUGGCUGUAGAAACGUUUAGAGUUCUUUUGGAACUUCGAGGUUGGCAAGGUCUUUGUCAAAGUAUUGUUCAUGCUCGUGAUGUUAAGAUUUACCUAGAAGAUCCUGGACCGUACUUGCUUGGGAUGAACAGUCAGUUGCGACCUAUUACGGCCAAUGCUCCUCCAGAAGUUAUGAUUGUCGAUAUUGAUACCAAUAAUAUCACGUGUCCAAGACCCCAUCCACAAGCUUAUUCCAAGGGACAAACCCGAAUGAAGAUUGAACGAAAACUUGAGGAAGCCCUUGGUACCUUGGGUGGUGCAAGAGGUGUACCAAGUGAAUUUCAUGAAGCUUUUCCGGGUGGUCGGUUUAGACCGUUUAGUGCUGUAGAGAUCAAAGAUAGUCCUUCUGAGGCUGAAAGACUUUUACCACCUGCUGAAUGGAAUUGGGAUCAAACCAAGGCUGUGGUGGCUUUUGAUAAUAUCUUGUCUAAAGUGCCAAGGAAAGGAUUAGCUAGGGUGUUCAGGAGACAAGCAUAUAGACAUGCAGCUCAAUUAGAUGCAUCAGCCCAACAUGUUCAAGAGAUUGUUAGAAAACAUACCACUGGAUUCGUUGAUAGGAGAGAUAUGUUAGAGAGUAAGAUUUGGAAAUUAAAUCGAAGGCUGGCAUUUUUAAUGGCCGAAUCAAUGGAAUGGAAACAACAUUUUGAUGUGUUUCAAAGAUUUGCUGAUAAACUAUCAAUCGAAUCACAAGAUCUCAAAACUCGACUUGAAGUAGAAAGACGUGAUCAUCAUAAAUUAUCAGGAGUGGUUAGUGAACAGAAGUUUAAACAGGCUCAAUUAGAAUCUAGAUUAUUGGAAACUGAACAAGCUUGGAUGGCUGCUCAAGUCGAAUUGGCAAAGGCUCAAGCUAUACGUGAAGGACUUGAACGUGAGAAGCAGAUCAUGGUCACCGAAAUGAAGUCCAUCGCAUUGGGUGAUAAUGAUCAAAACAUUCUUGAUACAGUUGUACCAAGAGUCGAGAAUUCUUACAACCCUUCUCGGCACAGUAUGCUCCCCAAUGACAAUGCUUCACUCACGUCUAAAAACCUACGACGGUUUAGCGCUCAAACCCAUUCACCUCAUUCUCAGCCUCGUGCUUCACCUCAACUUCUUCCUCCAACUUCUUCACUCCGUGGUCAUUCACCUCAACCUGUAGAUGAUCUUGUUUCAUCUGAUUUGCUUGAACAGCUUUCGAUGCAAUCACCAUCUCAAUAUGCACCUUCUCCAGCUGCACAUGAUCGAUUACAUAGCUUAGAUGAACUGAGCGAGUUUGAUACCAGUUCUGAAGCAGAAAGUGGCAUUAGUGCCAUGGAUGAAAGAGCUUUGUUAUCAAGGACGGCAGUGAUUGAAACGAUGCGAAGUAUUCAAGGUAGAUUAGAAGCAGCUCUACGUACAGCAGGUCAAUUAGAUGAAGAUGAGCUGAAAAGUUAUGAAGCAGGUGGGAUAGAUGGGAUUGGAAACUCACGUAAAUCGUAUUCAAGAAAAUCAGCUGAUUCACGAGAUUCUAAGGUGAUUCCAUUAUCACGUGCAAGAAGAAAACCAACGAUGAAUGAGAAUGAUGAAUCAUCACCUGAUUCGACAAGAGAUUCCUUAUUAGAUUGUUCUGCAUUAUCUAGACAGGAUAGUCUUUCGACUGGUAGACCGACUACUGCUAAUAAUCGAGUUAGUGUUUCUAGUAAUAGUACCACUUCACAUCAGUAUCAUCCGAUCACACUUUUAAAACAACGUAACAAUCCACGAACUUCGGCUGUUUCACUUUUAAGACCUGGUUCUAGUAUCUUUGAUCGAGAUCGAAGUAUUACUACUUCAACGGAUCUUACUACACCUGAUCAUACUAAAUUAGAAACUGUGAUCGAUGGGAAUGAAUCAGAAGGAAUUCAAGAGAGUAGUAUUGAAUCAACUGUAUCAGGACGAUUGUUUCCAGAACAAGAAAAUCAUCAAUUAGUUGGAAGUCCUAGUCCGAAUGAUCAUCGAAGUGAAUAUAACCAAAGUCCAAGCAAAAGUUUAAGUCAAACGCCAAGUUUAAGAAGAAGUGGAAAAUUAAGUAUAAGUGGAGGAUCGAUUCGAAAUGGAUUUACACCCACUAGUUCACAUACGAAUAUCAAUCAACCAGUUUGUAUUAGGAAAGAUUCGAUGGAUAGUUCGACCGGAGGAUAUGAAUCGAAUCCAAAGUUGAUGAUGAAUUAUAGUGGAAUGAUUAGAUCGAGUAGAAGAAGAGAUUCAUCAGAUACAGAAGAAGAUGAGGAAGAGAUCACUGAGAGUUUGGUAGAUGAAGAUGAAACGUUUAUGAGUGCUGAUGAAGAUCAAGAAGAAGAAGAAGAAGGACAAAGAGGAAAGAAAUCAUUAAAGGUUUUAGGAACUCAUCAUCGUCAUCAUCAUCAUCAUCAUACAGGACUUGUUUAUGGAACGGAUGGAUCAACGAUUGCGGGUAAUGGAGUUCAAGAUCGGAAUGAGAUUAGUAGAGCUUCUAUGGUUGGAAUCCCAUUGGAUUGGAAAGCUUCUAAUAAUCCUCAGCAUCAUCAUCAGAAUAAUGUUUCACCCAUGACACCUAGUAGUAGAGGUUCAUUUAUUUCGAAUACUAGUUCUAGUACGGUUAGAAAGUUUCUUAGAAGAGUUUAAGUUUUCUUUAUGAUUUGGUGAAGUUCUUUGAUGGGUUUUGAAGUUUUUUUUUUCAUGGGAUUAUUAAAUGAAGGAAUGAAUGAAGUUUUUGAUUUUUUGAGUUUCUUUUUUGAUUGAUUAAUGAAUGAAUUGGGUUUUUUUUCGCUUUUGGUUUUCUUUUACACUCGUUUUAUUCCUUUUUUUUUGAUUGCUUUUUUUUCUUGAUUUUUUUUUCGUUUUCAUCAUCAUCUUAUCAUCAUCAUUCUGGAUUUGUUUCUUUUCAUAUGAAAUCUUUUUUAUGAUUAGAUUACAGUUAAAGAUUUAAAUUUAAAAGAGGAGGAAGUAAAGUAUUUGUUUUUUUUUGUUUUUUGUUUCUUUUUACAGUAAAUGUGUUUUUUUUUCUUAGUAUCAUUUUUUUAUAUACUUGAAAUUUGGAUUUAAUUCAAUUUUUGAACAUUUUUUUUUUUUGAAGAAUUCAGUGAUAUAUAUUUUAAUUAAUUAUAGUGCAAUAUAUCAAUAAACUUUUAAACAGAUG